AUGCUGGUGAAUCCUGUUCCUAGGCAUCACAGCUGGUCUCAGGGCGUGUCCCGCCCCCACUCGAACCCCUCGGGAUCCGGAGCAGCCCGAGCAUCAGCGAGAGUAGCUGCGAGCAGCCGCGGCGGCGGCGGCGCGUCGGUGCAGUUGCGCCAUCUGUCAGGAGCGCAGCCGGCGGGGAGGGGGCUCCGCGGAGAGGAGGAGGGGUCGCCGCGCGCCGGGCCUCCGAGACCCGCCCGCUGGUCAAGAGCGCAGCGAGGCCGCCUCCAGCCGGAGCGUUCCGAGGACACCCCGGGCGCACACAAAGCCGCCACCCGCGCCAGGGAGGGACCGCGCUGCCGGGCCGGGGAUACCGGCGCCGCCCCCUCGGCGCUUUGCAAGGCCCACGAGCUCCUGGGCCCCGCCGCGGAGCCGCCGGAGCCGCCUGGGCCGCGCCGGAGGAGGGCGGGGAGAGGACCAUGUGAAUGUGCUCCGGAGCCGAGCGCCACGCCACGCCACGCAGUGUUUGAAAGAAACAGGAUGCUGAUCUAAUCGUGG